CUGGUGAAAAGUGGUUGUGUCUUUAAUGAGUCUCGGUAACUCGGUGACUGCAGCUGCUCAGUGCUGCUGCACUAUCAUCAUCAUAUUGCAGUCUCUUUUAUACAAUAAAACAAUCAUGCUGUUUGAUUUAAUGUCAAAACACAGAAUUUUUAUAAACUCUGGAAUCUUCUAUGAGAUAUGUAUUUAGCAGAAAGGUUUAACAGCUGCAUGGGUUGUAUGACAGCACCACCGUACAGGAAUGGACGUUGUUUUCAAGGUUAACAUCCAUUAGCCAAUCCAAAAGAAUAACUUCAUUCACACGGAUCAACGAGGAAGAAAUGAUAGAGCCUGAUGUUGUUUCCCAAUUGAAAAUAACAGACGUCAAGGACGCAACAAAUACCACGUGUAUAAAAAUAUACAGUUUUGUGUUUGUUUGAGUGUUGAGGUCGAUAUUUAAUAGUCAUUAAAACACUCAACAUAAUUGUUUAACUAAGUGAACAGACGCUUGCGGUUGUGUCUAUUAUGUAUAAUUAUAAUAUAUCCAUUAAGCAAAGUUCUGAUCUUCACGUAUGCAUCAGGCCCUUGUGCUGACGGGCCUCUUUUCUCAAAGUGUAACAAGACUCACAGCAAUGCUAGCGUUUCUGUGAAGCUUUCCAAAGUUUGCGCAAAUCCAUCUCGUAGAUGUUGCCGAGUUAUUUCAGUGAAUGGUGUAAAAUGAAUCAUCGAUGGAGAGUCAGCGGGAUAUAUCCUCACGCAUGCGUGUCAUGUACUCACUGGGUGUGUGUGAAUGCAUAUACUGUCUUACGUUGCCACGGCUCACAUUGUGAGGAUUUACAGUUGAUGCUUUUUUGAGUAUGAGGGCUGGUACUUUCCUUUACAGCUUUCUGUGUGAUAAAGACUUUCCAGCCCCCCGCAGGAAGGUUUCACUAAGUCGACCACAGAUCUGUACACAGCCAUUUACCGCAGUGAUGUGGAGGCCCACCCCAAGUCCCCCAGUCUGAAGUUCAAGCUGGGUCAAACCCAACUGUGACCAACAUACUAACCAACUACGCCAUCUGGACAACUUCAGCAACUGGUAUUUUUCUAAAAGCUCCCUGAACAAUGUGAACAGAAGUCCCCCAGGUCUUCUGACCAAUGACUGUGUGUUGUCCAUAAGUGUUGUCUUUUAGUUAAAUCCAGCACCCUAGAAGUAUUCUGAACAUUUAGCAUUCGCUAUCUCACAAAAACUGUUCAUUCAAGAAUUUUAUUGAAUAUUAUUCUUCCUUCAAUGAGGUAAUUGUUGGUUGGUGUAAGAACAUCAUUCCGUUGAGGAUGAGCUCACAAGGCAUGAAUCUUGAACCGUUACCCUUUUACUUUCACCGUGGUGCUGGUGGUAUCAUAUGAGAAUCCCUAAAUAAAAGUGUGUGGAAACCACAGGGCUGUGAUGUCACGGAAGGUCCCUCGGCAGAGUACAAGUUCGUCGAGUGAUGAGGAAGCGCCACAGUGUGAUUGUGAGUGAGCGACUGCGAUGGAAGUGAAGCUGCUGCUCGCCGUCUCCACGCUCCUCGUACAUGCUUCACUUGCACUGUGUCAGCGUGUGACCGUGAAGAAAGGUCAGACGCUCCACCUAAGCUGCCCCAUCACGAACGCUCACAAGACCAAUGUGGAGUGGAAGAACCCGAAGGGAAACAUUAUGUUCUUCAAUCGCAAUAGAGCUUUGAAGGAUAAGCGCUACAGAAUCGACAGACUGUCUGCCUCAGAAUUCUCCAUCAGUGUUUCCAAUGUCACCUUCAAAGAUGGAGGCAACUAUACAUGUACUCACUAUGACCACCACACAACAGAGAGGAAAGUGGAGGUGACGGUGUUAGGCCAUCCUAUGAUGAAAGUAGUAGAGCACGAGGGGAAGCUUGUCAUAAAAUGCACGGCUGAGGGGAACCACCAUCCUCCACAGAUCUCCUGGCAAAUGGAUCGUGGGCCGGAAGUUCUGGCCCAUGCCCAAGUCAGUCAUGAAGACAGAAAAUAUGUCUCCAUGGCCAUGUUACACGUUCACCCAGUGGAGAAGAGGGUGACUGUGAAAUGCCUUGUUCGCCACCCGGCCCUGCUCUCACCGCCCCUGAUGAACUUUGUCAAAAUUGGACCAGACUAUAGAAAAUUCCGCCACACAACCACGAGUGGGAGGCUUGAAACAGCUCAGCCUGCAGGGUCAGCGGGGUCAGCCAGGGUGCCAAGAACAACAACCAGCGGGUCCAGACACGGGACAACAACAACAACAGCAGUGUACCCUACAGCCACAGACACGAGUGGGCCUCCAUCAGAGAGCCCUGCUAAGUUAUCAGCUGUUCCCUCCGAUCACCCGUCUUCCUCCAGUGAGCCAGCGACGGUCACAGCAGCCACCAGGGUCACAGGCUCACGUCUCAGCACGACUGGCUGGAAAUCUGCAUCUGAGACAACAGAAGGAAUUACAUCCAACAACAGUACAGGCAGAAAUAGAACAGGGAGCAGUGAUGACUCACGGAUGCAGGCAGGAAGGGAAGGAAGGCCGUCGCUGCUCGUCUUCCUUGUAACGUGCUUGAUCUUCUGUCUUCUGGUGGUGGUUCUUUUCUUUGCCAUCAAGCUGAGGAGGGCACAUGUCGCCUGGAAGCGAGAGAAUGAGGACACUGAUCAGUCAGAGGAGAGCAGUAAAUCCAAAUCAAGCCAGGAGGAGAGGAGCUCCAAAGAACAAGGGCGAAGAGGGCUGUCUAACAUGGCAUUCACACAGUAUGUCGCUGAGAAACCAACAGGGAUCAUGUCAAAAACAGGCCCUGUGUCGGCAACAGAGAGCGCAAACAAGGAGCAUACUUCUCAACCUCAACCUCAAACACUGCAACAGUCUUCAGCCAUCAAGGAGACAGAGCUAUAAAAACUAAAAUACAGAAUAAUAUCCUCAGGAUCACAAUCACCCUUUUUUGUGUGUUUACGCAGAAAAUAACGUGGUAACACAUUGUUUAUAAUUGUAGUACUGUUCUGUACUGAAUAAAUACUGUAAAGUUUUUUUUUACGUGUACAAAUAAAUUAUAUUUUGCCAGA